CGUCAGUCCAAGGUGAACGACCUCAAGCUCGACCACCCAGCCGGCCAAUUCGCCUCCCACCCGCUCCAGCCAGACACCCGCUGCCGUCGAGUCAAAAUGGCGCACCUCAACGUCAAGCCGGACCCGGCUUACCAGAAGUUUCAGGCUAUGCAGAAGGCCCGCCACAAGUUCUUCCGAUGGACGCCCCGAACCGCCAGAAUCACCGUCAUCUACGUUGCCGUGAUCCCCACCAUCAUGGGAAUCAUUGCCUACAAGACCGACGGACUCUGGGACUUCCGAGGGAAGCGAAGGGGAGAUCUCAUCGUUGAGCGAUAAAUUCAGUUUGGGAUGUGGUGGCGUGGGACUUGUGUACAUAUAUUGGGUUCACUCUGGGAUAGAGACUGCAUCGGAAUCCAGUCGAGAGAAAGAGACUACAACAACAACAA